UUUUUUUCAGCGUGACAGAUCCAAGUUUGGUAUUAUGGGGUCUGGAUGCUCACAAUAUUCACCAGCAUAUGAAGAUGCGGUUGCCCUUGUUGUCUAUCAAAGGGCUUUAGGCACAUGUGUCAUGCCUGAUGUCGGCAUAGAUGAAUCCCUGCUGAAAUUCUCUGGUGUGAACUCCAACGCUAUGCUGCAGACCUACUCUAAUGAACUGGUCAACAGUGUGCCAGGCUUCGUUACCAGACUGGGAUCUGCUUUGGGGGGAUUGACUUCAAUUCCAAAUGCUGUUGGAUUUGGAGCGUUGGUGAUUUCCCUGAUUUUAGAGAUCUUCAUCAAGAGCUCCACACAAACAAAAGAUGAUUCAUACACUAUGCUCAAACGUGUUUUUGGUGAAGAAAAAGCCUCAGGUGUUCGGGACACAAUGUCAGAAUCUGUGACACGAUAUCGCACAUUCAUAAACGAUAACCAGCGUUUGCUCGUGGAAAUCCGGAGACUAGAAGCAAUGCUGAGCAUCCAUCUCACCAGCCUCAAAAACUCCUUGCUGCAUGACAAUCAGAUGAGCUCCAGAGGAUUCAAAAUGUGGGUAAACGGAGCCUCCUUCCACGUCCAGAUGAGGAUCCAUGAGGCACGGCUGAACAUUCCGGCUGGAAGAGGUGCAUCAGACUACAUUGACUCAAUUAAAAUUACCAUCAGUUUGUAUUUGCAGGACCUUGAACGUUUGCUGGAGAAAUACAAGACUUACAAGAUUAGCACAACUCAGCUUGAGGCAGACAGUGACUGCUCCUGUCCCGGAUUUGGUUGUUAUUGUGAUGCUAGCAAUUGUUUUAUUAGGAAUACUGAGAAAAACUGUGAAAUAUAUUCAAAUCAAAACCCCUGUAAUGGGUGUGGUAUGGUAAAGGCUUAUAUGAACCAUGUUUUCUCAAAAUAUGAACCAAUCUCAAGCUUGAGGAAUCAUUUUUCAAACAUCAACAACAACAUUAAUGUUCUAAUAUACCAACAAGAUGUGUUCAUUCUGCCAUCAAUAGCCUAAGAUCACUUUCCCCCCAUGUAGGGCCUGAUUUACUAAAGGUUUGUGUGCAUAAAAAUGUUCACUCUGGUCUACUAACAUGGCGCACUGAGGCUUGUAUCUUUCAAAUGUUUAAGAUAAUACACGCUUUCCAUUUUGUAUGUUUGCCAUAAUGAAUAUGCAAUAUGGGGCGUUUUACCAAACCUGAAGGUAAUUCUAUUGAUGGUAACUGCAUCUAUAUAUAAUAAGUUUGAAGGGCAGGUAUUAACCGGCUGUUAUUAUGGUGAGGAGGAGAAGGAGGCACAAUGAAUACACACUGAACAGAUUUUGUGUGUUAAUAUUUUCGGAGUAGAAUAUUUUUGGUUUUACUAACAGCAUUGACUUUUUCCACAAAUACUCUCCCACAUAGUGUUUUUUUUCUGGUAAUAUUUUAUUUGGCUGUAACUCAAUAUGUUUAUUAACAUCUUCCACAAGAACCUCUAAUUCUAUAGGAUCAAAUUUCAUUUCUGUGCUUGUGGGCUUUCUGCUCAUCCAAACUCUCCAUUAAGACACAAAACCCUAAUUUAAUUACUGCUGUCUACGCCUGUUGUCAUUCACACAUUAUUACGUUAUUCAUAGUAGAUCAUCCGCAAAACGUACGCUAACCAAACAUGCAAUCUGUUGGAAAACACACGCAAUUUAGUACUUUUUAUUUGGGAUCUUAGGAUAUCAGGCCCUUAAUGUAAGCUUAGUUGUUGUUAUUUCAGCACACUACCCUAAAAGGACAGGUUCCCCAUCACUUACACUGUAAAUGUGCAUUAUAAAGGGAUUCUCUAGUGGUCAGUAUGAACAUAAGAGAAUGGCAAGAAAAAACAAAGCUAUUAUAUAAGCUGUGUUCAUAAUGGCACUUGACUUGACUGUUUUCUUAAGAAAAAAUGUGAACCCGUCAUAUAUCACUACUCAUGCAUAUUUAAUACAGAAAUGGAAUAGAAAUGACUUUAAGGAAAAUAUUGUACAAACUUUUAACUUAAUCUGUUAAAAAAAAAAUCUGUAUUAAUUUUAAAAGAAAAGUUUGAAAGUGUCAUUUAAGAGAUUGUAAGGAAGCUUUCUUAAUUUACUUUCAUCUUCUCAUUCACAUGUAUGUUUGAUCUGUUUUUGAAUUGUUUGUAUUGAAGAUAUUAGGCUGUAAGUAAUGUGAUUAUGGCUUUGUUAUGCUUUGCUGUUUGUGAUGGUUAUUAUCUAAUGAUGUUCUCCUGACUCAGAUGUAUUUUAAAAUAUAUAUAUUUUAAGGCUCAAUUAAAAAUUCUAUAAAAUUUAA